CGAAUUGAGCCGAACUCGUACAUACGAGGCUUUGAAUCGAACCCAACUUGAGCUCGAAUUCUACUCUCAUGAAACCAAGCUAAAAUUGUCAAAUAUUCGGCUCGAAUCCACCCCCUGCGCCGUCACCGAGAGCACUGCGGAAGAGCUGAACCAGAAAGAAGGAAACGGAGGAUUGUAAAAUUUAAUCGGACUCGGGUAAUCAGAUUGGAUGUGGUUAAGAGACUCACGACCUCAUGAAUCCCGAUCUGAUAAAAAGCCUGGAUCGGUGUCGGGUCGAUUAUCGGAUUUUUGAACUCCGUUGACAGCCCUAAAAAGCGCUGAUAUCUGCGUGGAACCGCGGAAGAACUGAACAAGAAGAAGAGGGAAAGGGAGAAGGAGAGCCUGGGAUUCAUGGCAGGGUUGGGGAGCUCCAUGCUAUACUCAUUUUUGCUAUUUUCUGUCAUUCUCUCACUUCAGGAAAUGUAUAGGGAGAAAUUGGCAUCUUCAGAGUUAUUUACCAUACUUGGAGGCUUCAUUAGCUCUCUCAUUUUUGCUGUAUUGCUAACAUUUAUAGGGAAUUUCCAGGAAACAUGUGGCAUCAGAACUGGAUGGGGUUCUGUUUUAGUAGCAGAAGCUAUUGCUUUAAUUGCAGCUGGCACAGUUCAUCGAGUUUGUGUCACGACAUGUUUUUUGUUCUCUGCCGGACUUCUCUAUGAGAUCAACAAGCUCUCGGGGAUGAUGCUUUUGAAAAAUGAGGUUAAAACAAGAAGGCAUUAAGUAGAAUACUAAUGUAUUAGGUUUAAAAUGUCAGCCUUUACUGCUUGUGAACUUUUUAAAGAUCUCAAAUUCAAAGACUAUCGAGAAUUAAAUACUGCCCGAUUUUCCUUCUACUGUAUAAUUUUGUUUUAUCAUACUGCUAUAAAUUUCAUAAGUAGAAAGAAUUGUUUUAGCUGAA